AUGCCAUUUGGCCUGAAGGGGGCAGCACAGACUUUUCAGCGGUUGAUGGACUCGGUUUUGCGUGACAUGCCCUUCAUAUUCGUGUAUCUGGACGAUAUACUGGUGGCGAGUCCUUCCGUUGAGGAGCACAGCUUACACCUCCGCCUCCUUUUCGAGCGGCUCACUGAGCACGGGUUGAUCGUGAAUCCAGUUAAGUGCCAAUUUGGACUGUCAGAAAUUGAGUUCCUGGGACACCGCGUUUCGAGGCAGGGUGCUGUACCACUCCCUGCUAAGGUCAAAGCAGUUUUAGCUUUUCCCCGCCCCCCCUCUGUGAAGCCUUUGCAGGAGUUUUUGGGCAUGAUUAACUUUUAUAACCGCUUCAUUCCCCAUGCCGCCCACCUUAUGCACCCUUUGUAUGACGCUUUGAGGGGUAGGAGGGGUAACCAAGUCGUAGAGUGGUCCCCUGAAAGGGUGUUGGCGUUUGACCGGGCUAAAACUGCACUGGCGGAGGCUGCGCUGUUAACGCAUCCCGAUCCUACUGCACCGGUUGCGCUUACUACCGAUGCGUCUGAUUGCGCGGUGGGGGCAGUGGUGGAGCAGUGGUCGGAUGGUGCCUGGCGGCCACUAGCCUUUUUCAGUAGAAGGUUGCGGGAGUCAGAGAGGAGGUACAGUGCGUUUGACAGGGAGCUCUUGGCCCUUUUUCUUGCCACACGCCACUUCAGAUUUCUACUGGAGGGCCGAGAGUUUGCUGCUUAUGUGGAUCACAAGCCCCUUAUAUUUGCUAUGGCCAAAACCUCGGAACCAUGGUCGGCGCGGCAACAAAGGCACCUUUUUGCUAUUUCUGAGUUUACCUGUGAUAUACGACAUGUUGCAGGAAAGGACAAUGCAGUGGCGGACUGUCUCUCUCGGGCUCAGGUUUCCACGGUCCAUUUAGGCAUUCACUAUGCAGAGAUGGCGGUGGACCAGCUGGCGGAUUCGGGGGUGCAGGAGCUGCGCACCACUGAUUCUAGUUUGAGGUUGGAAGAUGUGGUUUUUCAGGACAGCGGGGCGACGCUUCUGUGUGACAUGUCCAUGAGCAGACCACGUCCUUUGGUACCGGCGGUCUGGCGCGCCCGCAUUUUCGAGGCUGUUCACUCCCUGUCUCACCCCGGUGUGAAAGCGACGGUGAAGUUGGUGAGUGCUAAGUUCGUGUGGCCUGGCCUCAAAAAAGACGUUAAGACUUGGGCUUCCACAUGCGUGGCCUGCCAGAGGGCCAAGGUGCAGCGUCACGUGAAAGCUCCCUUGGGUCCUUUUUCAGUUCCUGAGAGACGUUUUGAACAUGUCCAUGUGGACUUGGUGGGCCCUCUUCCCCCUUCCCGGGGGUUCACUCACCUCCUGACCAUGGUGGACAGGACCACUCGAUGGCCGGAGGUGGUGCCCCUGUUGUCUACUACUGCGGCAGACGUGGCCCGGGCUUUUAUUUAUUCGUGGGUGGCGCGAUUUGGGGUUCCUCUGGACCUGACUUCUGAUAGGGGCCCCCAGUUCACCUCGGAGCUGUGGACUUCAGUGGCUGGGAGUUUGGGGGUUAAACUUCACCGGACCACGGCAUAUCAUCCGCAGGCUAACGGGUUAUGCGAGAGGUUUCACAGGACUAUGAAAGGUGCCCUCCGGGCCUCUCUUGUGGACAAUAGCUGGGUGGACAGGUUGCCGUGGGGUUUGUUGGGUUUACGUUCCGCCCCCACGGAGGAUCUGCGCUCCUCCUCUGCUGAGUUGGUGCUGGGACAGACGCUGACGGUCCCGGGGGAGUUUCUGCAUCCCGCCCCUGACCUGGUUCCGAGGGUGCCGGCGCUGCCUUUUUCCCCGGCAGGAGCUUUCAGGCCAGUUGCGGUGCACCACUGUAUCCCUCAGUCCUAUGUUCCUAAGGACCUUAUGUCUGCCAGAUACGUUUUUGUACGUCAUGACGCACACUGUUCUCCCUUGCGGGCGCCUUACGAUGGCCCGUUCCGGGUGCUGGAGACAGGGGACAAGUAUUUUGUGGUGGAGGUCGGGGCUGGCCGGGAUUGGGUCACGGUGGGCCGCUUGAAGCCUGCUCAUGUGCUCCGGGACGAGGAUGUGGAGUUGGGCCGCCCUGCUCGGCGGGGCCGCCCGCCUAAUCCUGCCCCGGGGGUGGGGCCCCUGCCUGUCCCUGCCCGGAUGGCUACACCGGUUAAGCGGAGUCGGGGGGGUAGAGUGGUCCGGCGGCCUGUUAGAUUUUCUUAG